ACAAUCGAGAAGGAGAAAAAGUUAGAGUGGAAACUGCGUCUUAUGACGGAGAGGAAAAGAAGGAUGGACGAGGCGAGCCAAAUAGUGAAGGAGUUGGAGGUGAUUAAAGAGCAAAGAGCGCAGAUCCAGACACAAGCUGAUGUACAGGGGAAAUUAGAUAUUAUCUCUAGAAACAUUGAGCUCCUGGCUAAGGCCUGGGAUGAGCAGUAUCAGUUUUCGAAAGUCCAAGUUAUGACCUUACACUCCAUACGUUUAGGCUUUAGGGAUUUUGCACGCGAGAUGAUGCGGCACGUGGGCACAGAAGUGCAGGCAAGGAUAGAAAGCAUUGAGAAGUUUUGCACAGGCGCCAUUGAGGACGCAAAGUUGGCCUUGCCAAAGGAAGAAGAGCCACACCCCCGUAGAGAGCCCGUUAAGAUAAAGUUUCCUGAGUCCUACGACGGGAAGAAAGAAGAAAAUUUUGAUAAUUGGGAGGCUAACGUAGAUACAUACAUUUAUUUACAGCAUAUCGUGCCAAAGGAACAAGUCCUCAUUGCCUUCCAUGCCCUCAAGGAUGAGGCCGCCAACUUUGCUAGAUCACUCGCUCGUGCCACACAGUGCGAGAACAAUAUGGUCGCUUAUUCCAAGGUCACCCCUCUCCAUGAGUUCUUUCGGCUCCUUAAGGAGCGAUUCGCAGAUGUCACGCGAGGCGUUAGGGCCUCUGACAAACUGCAGACUAUCCACUCACGCCAGUGGAGGAGUGCCAGAGCACUCAAAGGCAUAAUGGACGAGCUUGUAGUCGUCCCAGACCACGGGGUCACUAAGCCCCAGGUGGUCAAUCUCUUCUAUCGUGCCAUGCCAGAGCCCCUACGGGUGCACUUCUUUGAGAAGAGUCGACAACCCACCAUGACAUACGAUGAGUUGAGGAGAGAGGUGGUGCUGUUCGAGGCGCAGUCCAUGCCAAUUUCCACUUUCUGGCACAAGGACCUAGAUAAAGGUAAAAAGUGGAAAGGCCGUACCAUCUCAGGACAGGUAAAGGGAAAGGAUCAUCUGAUCCUUACGUUAGAUGAGGGUGGUACAGACGAGGUCCCGUAUAGCCAGAUCGAGUGGGGCCUGGAGGAGGAGGACAAUAUUGGGAGUCAGGGGAGGACCUACGCUGCUGGCGCGGUUGGAGGGAGGCCGCAAGGAAGAGAAGGAGGCCAGGGCCAAGGGGGCCGGGCCUUAGGUGGCCGAGGACAUGGCACUCAGGGGGUUGGCGGUAUAGCAAAGUGCCAAGAGGGAAGUAGGGGGUCAAGGUCACCUCCACGUCGAGGUGGAUGGCAUCCAGGCUUGCCGCAAGGCAGGCCAUGGGAAGAUUUGGGCUUAGAGCAGUCAGUGUGGCAAAUGCGGAUUGAUCAGGAUCAGUGUAUCUAUUGCGGUGAUCCUGGUCACAUCAUCAAAUUCUGCCCGAAGUAUAGAGAAGCCUGGUAUGCUGCACAAGCAGCAAAAGGCAACCGUUGGUAGGGGUCGCAAUGCCCUUACCUCUAGGCUAUGUGGAGAAGAGUGCGCACACCACAAAG